AUGUUUUGCGAACUUGGCAAAUCAAAAGCUAUAACAUACUUAAAGAUAAUCCUUUCAGUGGCGGCCAUUUGUAUAGAUUGCCGAUAUAAAUCCAAAAUGCAGUUGUUUGUUAAAGGAAACGAGACUCUUACAUUCACCCUUUCGGGUAAUGAAACCAUCCAAGAUAUCAAGAGCUUGUUGCAAGCUCGUGGAGGUUUUGACGUUGCCCAGCAAAUACUGACAUUCAAUGGCUCUCCUCUUGCUGAUGACUUUUGCGUUAGCCAGUUGGAAGAUCAAAACACACUUAACAUGGAAAUCCGUAUGCUUGGAGGUAAAGUCCAUGGUUCUUUGGCUCGUGCUGGUAAAGUGAAAGGACAAACUCCUAAGGUUGAGAAGCAAGAGAAGAAAAAACAGAAAACUGGCCGUGCUAAAAGACGCAUGCAAUACAACAGAAGAUUUGUCAAUGUUGUGGCUGGUUUUGGCCGAAGGAGAGGACCUAAUGCCAAUUCAUAA